AUGGUUAAUGAGAAUAUAGGAUUUGGUGUUAUUUGUUGGCCAAAUAUUUUUACUUAUAAUACUAUAAUUGAUGGUCUUUGUAAGGCUGGAUUAAUUGAGAAGGCUAGAGAAUUGUUUUUGGAAAUGAAGGGUUUUGGAAUCAGUCUAGACACAGUCACUUAUACCACUCUAAUUCAUGGAUUUUGUUGUGUGGGUGAUUGGAAAAAGGGUACAAGUUUAUUUAUUGAAAUGAUGGAUCAAGAUGUGCGGCCUUCUGUGGUGUCAUUUAAUGUGCUCAUAGAUGAACGUUGCAAGAAAAGGAAAUUGGACGAAGCAAAUAGAUUGUUGGAACUUAUGAUUCAGAGAGGAGUGGAUCCCACCGUUUAUACUUACAACAUUUUUAUGAAUGGAUUGUGUAAAAUAGGGGAGAUAAGUCCUACCAUUAAGUUGCUUGAAGAAAUGGCUAAGGGAAAUGAAGAAUCUGGUGUUAUUUGUAGGCCAAAUGUUGUUAGUUAUAGUACUGUAAUUGAUGGUCUUUGUAAGGUUGGAUUAGUUAAGAAGGCGAUAAACUUGUAG